AUGAAGCGUCCAUUAAGUCCUGACCACGUCUUUGAAGAUGGGAUUAUGAAUCAACCAGCUGUUCUAUGGGGCUUUGAAGAAAAAGGACUGAGGAAUGACAGACAGGACUAUCAAUUAAGCAAAGAAAAAAAGAAGAUACUGUUUUCCUUCUGUGAAGUGUGCAAUAUACAGCUGAACUCUGCAGCACAAGCUCAAGUUCAUUACAAUGGGAAGUCUCACCUGAAAAGAGUGAAGCAGCUAAAUAAUGGAAAACUCCCUACAAGUACAGCUCCUGGCACUUUGUUUGCAAGUACAAGCACAGGCACUACUACACUUCCCACCCUUGUGCGCACACCUACCUUGAUGAUGCAGCCUUCCCUGGAUAUCAAACCCUUUAUGUCCUUCCCUGUGGACAGCAGCUCUGCUGUUGGAUUCUUCCCAAAUUUUAACACAAUGGAUCCUGUGCAAAAAGCAGUCAUAAACCAUACAUUUGGAGUGUCUAUUCCCCCAAAGAAGAAACAAGUCAUUUCCUGUAAUGUCUGCCAGCUUCGCUUUAACUCUGAUAGCCAGGCCGAGGCCCACUACAAAGGAAGUAAACAUGCCAAGAAGGUCAAAGCACUAGAGGCAACGAAAAAUAAACCCAAAGGUGGUUCUUCCAAGGACAGCACAAAGGCUAAUACAAGCUGCUCCACCACGCCAGUCACAGCCAACAUCUCUGACAAAUCAGAAGAUAAAGGGAAAGCAAAACCCAAUAAUGCAAGUCAGCAGUCCAGUACAGAAGUGGGUCCUUUUCUUCCCAAACCUGGAGUGGCAGCAGUGGCCCCUGUAACACCUGCCUCAUCCUCCAAGAGCACAAACGGAGCCCCUAACACAGUUUCUGAGUCAGAAGAGGAAAAAGCCAAAAAACUGCUUUACUGUUCAUUAUGCAAAGUGGCUGUGAAUUCCCUGUCACAACUAGAAGCCCACAAUACAGGCUCCAAGCACAAGACCAUGGUCGAGGCUCGGAACGGUGCUGGUCCCAUCAAAUCUUACCCUAGACCUGGAUCCCGGCUGAAGGUCCAGAAUGGCAGUAAAGGCUCAGGACUGCAGAACAAGACAUUUCAUUGUGAAAUCUGUGAUGUCCAUGUUAAUUCAGAAAUUCAACUUAAACAGCACAUUUCCAGCCGAAGGCAUAAGGACAGAGUUGCAGGAAAGCCUAUGAAACCUAAAUAUAGUCCUUACAACAAACUGCAGCGCAGCCCAAGUAUUUUAGCAGCAAAACUUGCAUUCCAGAAGGACAUGAUUAAGCCGCUGGCACCUGCUUUCCUUUCAUCUCCUCUUGCUGCGGCUGCAGCUGUAUCGUCGGCUCUGUCCCUUCCUCCCCGUCCCUCUGCCUCCUUGUUCCAGGCACCUGCAAUACCACCAGCUCUCCUCAGGCCCAGCCACGGUCCCAUCCGUGCAACACCUGCCUCCAUACUUUUUGCACCAUACUAA